GAAAUAUUUUUAUAAAAUUAAUGGUCUCUGUUAAAUAGUAUCUGUUUAAACCAAUUGUUAGUUUCAAAGUAACAUUUUUAGUUAAAGUUUUGGAUUGAAUUGGUUAUCAAAUUUACAAUGGCUUUUUACAGUGGAUUGUUUAGUGUUGGUUCAUUGAAAUUGCUUUUGUUUUCAAUUGUUUCAUAUUUUAUUUAUAUUCAUCUAUUGAAACCUGCAUUACAUUAUAUUUAUAUUGUUAUUCAUUAUCAUGGAUUCCAUUAUCAACCAAAAAGUUUCCUUCUCGGACAUUUGAGGCAAAUUUGGCCAAAUUUUCCGUUCUAUAUUGAUAGGAAGACGCUUGAAGCGUCCAUAUACAAACAGUUACAUACAAUUGUUGGUCCUGAUCCAAGCCGAUCUAUAUCAGUUUUCUGGGUUUCGCUGUUUCCACUCGUCUUUGCUUCGGGGUAUGAAAUAGUAGAGGAAAUCUUGAACAAGAAACCUUUGAAGAAACCAAUGAUUUAUAGAUUUCUUGGGCUUGGAGAUGGACUGAUAAGUUCUCCACCUGCGAUUUGGAAGGUUCGAAGGAAGCUGAUUGAACCUUUCUUCACGACUAGAAAGAUGAGAGAUCAUGCUAAGAAUAUGUAUCAAGAGAUGGAAUCAUUUGGUAAACAGUUGGAUGGGGAAGUUGGUAAACCAAUUGACUUGAUCCAUCACAUACACACAAGUAUUUUGAACAUCAUUUUAAAGUCGAGUGCAGGUAUUCCUUUAGAUGAUUGUAUGGAAGAUAAAAAAAAAAUAGUCGAACUAGUUGCAACAGGGGAAAGAAAUGCUGUUCAGCGAUUGAUAAACCCAUUUUACCAGUUUGAUUGGAUCUUCAAUUUAUCCACGUUUAGUAAAGCUUAUUAUAAAGCUAUCGAAAACUUUGAAGAAAUGGCUUAUAACAUAUUUAGAAAAAGAAAGCAACUAUUGCAAAGUUUACCUUCGAAUCAACCAGAAAACCAGGAUUUCCUCUUUUUGAUCGAAGGUAAAGUGGAUGACCAGGGACUGCUCGAUGAAAUAUACACUCUUAUUGCAGCUGGAAAUGAAACAAUAGAACUCGCUUUACGUUGGAAUCUAUUCAAUCUUGGCAAUCAUUUAGAUGUACAAGAGAAACUGUAUCAAGAGAUAGUUCAAUUUUUCCCUGAUGACAAACCGAUAGAUGAUAUGGAUAAACUGAAAGAGUGCGUUUAUCUCGAUCAAUGCGUAAAAGAAUCACUUCGAAUGAAUCCUCCAGUCUGGGGUUUUGCAAGAGUACUCGAAGAAGAUAUCAUGGUAAAGGAUAAAAGACUCAUCAAAGGUUCGGUUGUUAGUGUCUUGGUUGAAGCAACUCAUCACGACCCAAAAGUUUAUCCCAAUCCCAAAAAAUAUGAUCCUGAUAGAUGGAGUCCUGAAAAUGCAUCAAAAAUACCGAAAGCAGCUUUUAUACCUUUUGGUUACGGGCCUCGAUCAUGCAUUGGAUAUCGCUAUGCAAUGAUAGAACUAAAGAUUUUUACAAUUCAAAUCAUUCGUAAAUUUAGUUUAAGAUCGACUCGACCACAUGGAAGCAUUCCACAAAAGGCGGAAAUUACUUUGAAACCAGUUGAACCUUUGGAGAUAAUAAUGAAACCAAGAAACAACAACUAAACUCGUAAAUUGAACCGGUUGUUGGAUUUUUGGUUAUAAAUUGAUUGCAAUGAUAUUUAGUUUUUUGUAUAAUCGUUUAUAUUGACACAGAAGUUUCCUUAAAAAUAAAGAUUCAUAUUUAUUUCACAAA